UAAAGAUAAGGCUGCUCCAUCUCUGUCUCUCUCACACUCUCUCUCCCCCCUCUGAUUAUUCCGUUUCUCAUCAUAUCUCUCUCUGUCUCAAGUCGCAGUUCCCUAUAUAAUCCUCUCCUCUCUUCCUUAAGACCCUCCUUUUCCUUCGUUUCUAUCUCCAUCUACGUAUGCGUAGAGAAUUCUGUGUCUAUAGCAUACUCCUGUAAGUUUUGGAACUUCUUCGUUCGUUUUGUUCUUCUAGUUAGAGAAACCGGCGAUGUCAAUCGUGGUGGAGAGGGGCAAUAGUAAUACGACUGGUACUACGACUGCGACUGCGGCCUCUACCGCGGCUGCUGCCAAUCAUAUUAAUGGUAAUAGUUACGGGCUUGAUCAUCAUCUGAUCGGACGGUCUGGACUUGGUGGACAGAGAGUGACGUGUUUCUCGAUGUAUGCUAAUGGAAGUAAGCCGCCGGCACCGGAGUUAGGGGCAGCCGGCGCCGGAGUUGGAGCGGGGAGGAAGGUGGUGGAGGAAGAGGAUGAGGGUCGGAGUGGGGAGUCAUCGUCGUCGACUUCUUCGAUUGGGAGGAAUAGUGAUGAGGAGUCAUCGGCUGGACGGUCGUCGGAAGCCGGCGACGGUGAGGAGGUGCAGAGUGAGUAUAAAGGCGGAGCUUUGGAUAGUCUCGAGGCGUUAGAGGAGGUCUUGCCUAUCAAGAGGAGCAUAUCACAAUUUUAUUUUGGUAAAUCCAAGUCUUUUACCAGCCUAUCAGAUGCUGCAAAUUGUUCGUCCAUGAAAGAUAUUGUAAAGCCAGAAAAUGCUUACACCAGGAAACGCAAAAACUUGCUUGCCUGUAAUAAUUUCUGGGAUAAGAAUCGCAAUGGCAUUAGAAGAAAUAACAGCGGUGGGAUAUCAAAGAGAGCAGCAGGCUCUAGAAGUUCAUUGGCUCUUGCAGCAUCCAUGGGCUGUACCGAGAGCAACAAUAACAGCGAUAGUUCCAACUCAAAUUCACCAUCUCGUGGCAUUUGUCUUCCUCCUUUGCCACCACAAGCAAGAAGAUCACUGUACAAUGACUCAUUGUCACCUCCGGGACAGAAGUUUUCUCCUUGGAGGUCCUUCUCUUUAUCUGAUCUGCAAGGUGCAACUGCAACCCCAAGCAUCUCUGGCAUAAUGGUCAAUAAUAGACACGUAUAGGACAGGGAGGGAACUUGGGGGCUGCUAAAGGGGAAGAUUUCAGGUGUAUUUGGUUUUCUGCAUUUUGGUCCACCAUUCAGGGUUGAGCUGCACAUGUUUCGAUAUCUGUCUCAAACUCCGCUCUAGUAAAACCAGUCAAAAAGGAAAAAAGAAGUUACAAUGGCUGGAAGAAACUGUUUCUAUGAUGGUAUGCAGAUGAUCUUCCUGUUAUGAAGUAGUUGAGAAAUGAGCAUGGGUUUCCAGCUUAGGAUUGUGAUAGAAGAUCUGUCUUAAACUCCGCUCCAGUAAAACCAGUCAAAAAGGAAAAAAGAAGUUACAAUGGCUGGAAGAAACUGUUUCUUUGAUGGUAUGCAGAUGAUCUUCCUGUUAUGAAGUAGUUGAGAAAUGAUCAUGGGUUUCCAGCUUAGGAUUGUGAUAGAAGGUUUUGGGCCAUGGAUCCUGAACUUUUGCCGGUUACACCCAACGAGUACGGUACUUUCCAUGCAAUGGAUAGAGCGCUUUACUCUCUCCUUGCUGUCGAUCUCUGGCGUGAUCCUUAUGAGUCUGUGCAAAUUAUGGCCCUGUGGCUUUGGAUGGAGCGGCUAGGUUUCAAGAAUCUUGUAUUAACAAUCUUAUCUAUGCCCCCCAUGUUGAUAAAUAAAUAUGCUGACGAGGCUUUGACAUGUGUCAAAUGUGUUAAUGACCCUCAGUUUGUGCUUUCAGCUGAAGUCAAUGAAAUUCCUGCAACUUCUAGACUCGUGAAGAAGAGGAUCACUCUCCAAUAUUUUCAUGAGAAUAGGCCCAUUGUGGUGAAAGAACUUCGGAAUGUUGUAACUGAAACUUGUGCCAUGGCUUUACAGGAUGUCAUAGAGGAUGCUGUCAAGAAGCAUAAUGCAUACGAGUCUUUGGUUAACAGCUUUUCUAACUUGGGUUUUGUAGGUGAAGCAUGUGGAGACUACAGGAAUGCUAAUGGGGCAUCACAAGAGGAAAGGACCAUGUUUGUUACAUUUUCGAAGGGCUAUCCUGUUGCAGAAUCAGAAGUCACGGAGUUCUUCACUAAGCUGUUCGGGAAUUGCAUAGAGGCCUUCCACAUGCAACCAGUGAGGUCUGAUGAGCAACCAUUGUAUGCUCGAGUAGUGUUCUCUACGCCUAAAGUCAUUGACUUGAUUCUCGGUGGUGUUACCAAGGCCAAAUUCACCAUAAAUGGGAAGCAUCUCUGGAUGCGCAAAUUUGUGCCUAAACGCAAGAGCUCCUUCCCUCGGUCGCGUCGGCCAUAGAAUCUGUUGGUCCUUGUCGAAUCCCCUUGUCCAACAGUUGUGGUCCUUUUGUGUCGGAAGUCUUAUAGUUGUGUCGUAAGGGGUCUCUCAGUAAAGUCUCGGUUUAAAUUUGUAAGUUGUUGUCAAUCAAGUCCAGGGAGGGACGCUUGUUCACAGUUGUACUGCUGUUAAAAGCUUUCCUUGCGUGCUGCAAUACAAGUCUUAUGAAUAUUGCCAUUUUUGACUGCAGAUUAUGUAUUUACAUUGCGACUGGAUUGAUGAAAUCAAGAACAUUCAGUAGAACUAGUUUAAUUUAUGCCGUUGAGCAUUGAUGGA